UUGGGUUUAUAUAUACAUAUACAUAAGAAGAAGGUGGUGUUGUUGAGUCCCUCAAUUAAGUUUUCCUCUCUCUCUCUCUCUCUCUCGAUCUGUUGAUCGAUCUCUCUGACAUAUAUAUAUAUAUAUAUAGCUUCUCAUCAGUCAUCUCCUUCAGUAUAUAUUGAUCUUUGGUCAAUCCUCUGUGCAACUUUUGGUUGAGUUUGAAUUGGUUUGGAAGUUGAGGUUUUUGUGGGAGUGUAUUCAUAUAUAUAGUUAAACUUGGAGAGGAGAUAAAGAGGAAGAAGAUGGGGAGACAGCCUUGCUGCGACAAAGUAGGGUUGAAGAAGGGACCAUGGACAGCUGAAGAGGACAAGAAGCUCAUUAGCUUCAUCCUCACCAAUGGCCAAUGCUGCUGGAGAGCUGUCCCUAAACUUGCAGGGCUGCUAAGAUGUGGAAAGAGCUGCAGGUUGAGAUGGACAAACUAUCUGAGGCCAGACUUGAAGAGGGGUCUCUUAUCAGAGUCCGAAGAGAAGAUGGUAAUUGAUCUCCAUGCCCAGCUUGGGAACAGAUGGUCCAAGAUUGCAUCUCACCUGCCUGGAAGAACAGAUAAUGAGAUAAAGAACCACUGGAAUACCCACAUCAAGAAAAAGCUUAGGAAGAUGGGGAUUGAUCCUCUCACCCACAAGCCACUGCCGCCACCGGUGACUGAUCAUCAAUCUCCACAACAGCCACAACCAAAAGACCCAGAUCAUCAUCAACCAUUGCAAUCUUCUGGCAUCUCUGAUAAUGAUUGCAUGGGCGAAGAAGACAAGAGAUUAAUGGAGACCACACCUUUAAUCCAGUCACCCGUUAACACCGAGGCCAACAAAGAAGAGGAUCACGUAGUCAGAAACAACAGGGAAAACCCAUUAAUUCCCACAAUGGAGUUCAACAAUGGCUUUUCCACAGAUGAAGUCCCACUGAUUGAACCCCACGAGAUCAAUCUGCUCGACCCUUCUGCAACUUCAUCAUCAUCAUCACCAACCAUCGCCACCUCUUCAUCAUCUUCUUCUUCCUCCUCCUCCUCCUCCUCCUCUAAUCACACACUGGAAUACUUGGAGUUGCCAAAUUUUGACUGGGACUUCACAAGCUUGGACUACUUCUGGGACGAUGAACUCAUGACCAGUGCUUUGGAUUUGUUGAUUCAUGGUGGCGACAGUGACCGGCACAAUGACAAUAUUGCCACUGUUGAGGCAGCUGCAGUACAGUACCCGAGAAUGGGGCUUGAGCUCUCGUGAUCUGCGUGGGAAAUCGGAAUUCCCGUGUGGGGCUGCUUUGUAAUUUGGUGGAUAUAUAAUAGAGUUCUCUCCCUCCCCCCCCUCUCUCUCUCUCUCUCUCUCUCUCUCUCUCUCAGUUAACAUUACCACACGUCAGUCGACUUAAAUGCUACAAUUGUUUUGUUUUGUAGUUCGUCCCUGCUCGACUUGAAUAAAAACAAUUUGUUUCUCAAAGUAAGAAUAUUAAUAUUACUACUGUAUCGUCCU